AUUUUUAUUUCUAGGACUAUAUGGAAAACAUUAUUUUUGAGCCAAUUUUUAUCGCUACUAAUCUGUACGACACGUAUAAUGAGUCAAUACAUACAAAACUAUUAUAAAAUCUAUAUACCGACCGCUCAAAGUUUUUUAACCUACACAUUGUUGUGCCUGAUAUUUACCACUUGGUUGGCAUUCAGGCCAACAAAUAAAGGACUAAUUCAUGUGAUACGAGUGCGCGGCUGGAAGUAUCUGCUGUUAUCGGUGGUCGACUUGGAGGCCAACUUUGUUACCGCCACUGCCUUUCAAUAUACGGCACUAACUAGUAUUCAACUUUUAGAUUGUAUACAAUUGCCGACAGUAUUAGCUCUUUCCUGGCUCUUCAUCAAAGUUAGGUUCGGUUUACUUCAUAUACUCGGCUCAUGUAUUGCCUUAAUCGGUAUCGGAUGUCUAGUUUGGGCCGACAUCGAUGACAUUAGCACUGAUACUAUACCGAAGAACCGUUUUCUGGGAGAUAUGUUGUGUCUAUUGGGUGCCGCACUCUAUGGUAUAAGCAAUGUGUUUGAAGAGUAUUGUGUCAAAUGCUAUAGUAUUGUAGAGUUUCUCGGAAUGAUUGGACUAUUCGGAGCUAUACUUAAUGGCAUUCAAUUAUAUGUAUUAGAAAGACAUGAAUUGGUGAAUGCAAUCAAUUUUGAGAAAUGGCAGGAAAUAUCUUUGGUAAUCGGCUUUUCAAUGUCUCAGCUAUUAGUUUAUAUAACAAUGCCAUUAGCCAUACAACUGAGCGACUCGUCGGCCGUUAAUAUAUCGAUACUGUCGUCUGAUUUCUAUACAYUGAUUGUCGGCUUAUAUUUAUUUCGUUACAAAUUUCAUUGGCUUUAUUUUAUAUCGGGUGCGACAGUUAUCGUAGGUUAUCUGGUCUACCAUAUGGAGCCCCAGCAGCAGCAGCAGUCGUCGCAUUCAACAAAUGAUGAUAAUACCGAUCCUCAACAGCACCAUCACCAGCAACAGCAACUACAUGAUAGUCAAUCAUUUACUGGCAAUGAUAUUGCCUGUAAAGAGUUUACCACUAUUGACAACGACAUGAUCAACGACACCAAUUUGGAUAUAUUGAUCACUACCAGUGACGGUAUUGGUGACGACAUCUCCGGCGGUGGUGUUUACAUGAGAGCCAGUCCAGCGUAUAAUGUGAUGCUUAACAAUGUUCAACAACAUCAUCAACAACAACAUCAACAACAACAACAACGAUAUCAUAUUAUGAGUGUCAGUGAUUUACAAACGAUAGUCCAUACUUGACAUCCAUGAGCUCAACAUUACUG